AUGUCCAUAGAGCCCAUCAUCACUUUUAAAGCAGGUAUCUGCGACCUUGAUACCUCCGUGGACCCCCCCGCCGUGAAACCUAAGCCGACUCCGGGGUAUAUUUACCUCUACUCCGAAGAUGAGCUAGUGCACUUCUGCUGGCGGCCUCGUAGCUCGCCUCUCGAUGAGCCCGAGCUCGAUCUAGUGAUGAUCCCCACUGACGGAAGCUUCACUCCCUACCCCUCUAGCGGUAAAUCUGUUACGAAUGGCCGAGUGUUUGUCCUGAAGUUUUCAUCGAGCUCCCAGAGACAUUUGUUCUGGCUACAGUCCCAUCCACAACACGAGAGCGGGAACCCAAGCAUCUGGAGCUACCGAGAUCUUAGGCUAGGAGAAAUUGUUGAUACUUUGCUACAAGGCGAGGAUGUCAAUAUGGAAGAAGAGAUCGCUAUGCUGUCCCACCGACCAUCUGGAGGAGAUGACGACGAGACCAUGGAGGAUGUGGAAGGCGUGGAUCACGACCAAACCCACCAAGGAGGUAGUAGCGGUGGAGCAGGUGCGGAUGCAACUGGAGGCGAUGUCCGGGAAGAAGGUCAAGAGUCGCGAGAAGGUGGUGCUGAUGGUGGACGAGCAGCAAAUACCGACUCCGAUCCAUCCUCGGUUGUUCAAGACUUCUUGAAGUCGCUGGGUGGCGCUGGCCGCGGCGCAUCUCAGGGUCCCGACCGUCCAUCUACAACCCUCCAAGACCUUCUUCCACCACCAACUACGCUUCCAUUCAUUGAAUCUGCCGAUGAAUCUACCGCCGAUCACCUGCUGCCCCUUCUUUCCCUCGAUCUCUCGCAGAAAAAAGACAUCCUCCGCAAAGUGCUUCGAUCCCCACAGUUCAUGCAAAGUCUAUCUAGUCUUACCGUUGCCCUUCGGGACGGCGGACUUCCCAGCAUCAGCGAGGCUUUGAAUAUCAAGGUUGCCAACGGUGGGUACAUGCGGCGUGGAGGAGUACCACUUGGUGGAGGUGAAGCCGUGGAGGCAUUUCUAGAUGGCGUUAGGGAAAGUCAAAAAUCACCUGAUGAAUCGGGCCGGAUGGAGACGGACUAA